AUGAAAUCAAACAUUAGCCUCCGAUUGAUGACCGAUAAUGAAGAAGAUGAAGUGCCUCCAACGCAUGACGGGACCGGAGGGGAAGGAAAGAUGGCUCGCAGGCGGCUAAUCCUGGUACUGAUGGGUCGAUUGAUAGCGACGAGGGAGAUCGUUGGUGGGUAUAACGUGGUCGUCGACCAUGGAACAGGUACGAUGCGGAAGGGAGAACCGGUUAAGCUAGGAGAGCAACAACAUCGGUGCAGGUGGUGUGUUUGGCAGUGGAGCUCGACUGGAAGAAGGGCAGGUGUGAUGGGGGUGUUUGGCGUUGUUGUUUGCUCGACAAUCACAGGUAUACAUGAAAAGAACAAGAAUGCUCUUGUGUUCUUGGCUGGGAACGAAUGCAGAAGGGAAGAACAAGGAUAUGUGUUGAUUGUAUUGGUUUAUCAGUGAGUGUGUGUGUGUGUGUGUGAGAGAGAGAGAUUUUAUUUUUGUUUUAUUUUUAAUUGU